AUGGGCCACUAUGGGUUUUUAGUACCGGACAGCUAUGUCCAUGAAGUUCCUGGAGAAGUCGACAUGAAUACCGCCAGCAUUCUUUGGGGCUUUUCUCUCGGAGUUGCUGUCUUUUCAGUUGCCAAAGCAUCGAAGCAGAGUUGGAAGGUAUGGAAGAGAUGUCAGCGGGUAACAUCUUAUGUCGCCAUGAUCUGGGCGGUUUGGCUCAGCAGUAUGGUCCUGGGCUGCUUAGCUUGGGGAUUUCAGCGGCAGUACAUCGUCCCAAGCUUUGGCUUUUACUUCUCCGUUGCUCUGUUUUGGGCACUUCAAGUCCAGUUUCUUCUUCAGAUCAUCCUCAACCGCCUCGGUCUCUUGAUGGCAGUCCCCGGCCAAGCCGCGCGUCUUAAAUGGAUUGUGUUUGCGAUUAUCCUGGCAGUCAACAUCAGCGUCUUUGUCAUCUGGAUGCCAGCGCGUCUGCAGAUCAGCGACAGAUGGAUAUGGCUGAACAAUAUCUGGGAUAGGUGUGAGAAAGUGAUCUUUGCGCUGGUCGAUGGAGCGUUGAAUGCAUAUUUCAUCUACCUUGUUCGGUCGAGACUUAUCGAGAAUGGGUUAACAAAGUACAUUCCCCUCUAUCGGAUGAAUCUGUUUCUCAUUUUCAUCUCCCUUUCAUUGGAUGUUGUCCUAAUUGGCCUCAUGUCUUUACCAAGUACCUUGGUCUACCUCUCGUUCCACCCAGUCUGCUACCUUCUCAAACUCCAAAUCGAGAUGAAAAUGGCCGAACUCAUCUCGAAGAUUAUCCGUUCAUCAGGCACAACAGGAAAAGAGAUCUAUGCUCCCCUCUCCAGCGCGAACCCUGCAAAGGUUAUGGCAACAAAUACUAUAACCAAACCAUCUUCCACCUAUUCGGGUGUCUUUGGAGCAUUACAUGGAAACGUCACAACACUCGUCGAAGCUGGCGAUCGCGACAGCUCCUUUGAGAUGGAGCACUCGGGGCCCGAAAGCCGAAAGGUGCCGGUUGGGGAAUUUAUGCCCAACGGUCUAGGUACCGAUCCGCCUUUGACGUCGGAGGACCCUACACUUGGUUACAAAUUGUUCCACGUCAUGUUACGCAUCCGGGACCCUGUGAAAUCUUUACACUUCUAUAUCGACCUGAUGGGAAUGCGAACAGUUUUCACUAUGGACACCGGCCCCUUUACGAUUUACUAUCUUGGCUACCCUCAAACGGACGAGCAUCGGGCAGAUCUUGGUAAAUUUGGACGUGAUACUCUAGCUCAGUUAGCCUACACCCCGGGACUUAUUGAGCUGUACCAUGUACACGGGUCAGAAAAUGAGCCUGAGGGCUACUACAGUACUGGAAACCAACCACCGAAUCUGGGCCUCGGACAUAUUGGCUUCUCCGUACCUGAUGUUCCCUCCGCCGUUGAACGGUUCAGGAAUCAUGGUGUUGAGGUGGUUAAGGAAUUAGGUGCUGUCAGUCGAGAAGAUGUGCCCUUAAGCCAAUGGGAAGCUGAAAAGAAAAUUGGACUGGGUGAUCUUCAUCCUGGUUACCAGCAUAUAUUUGGACAGAUUGCGUUUGUGAAAGAUCCGGACGGAUAUACUGUUGAAUUGGUUCCCCAGAAACUUCGAGAAUAA